AUGGCGCAGAGAGUCGGAGGAGUGAAGAGAGUGAAAGUUUCUCCUGCGACUACAGAUCUUCCGAUUGUUUUCCGUCGCGAUGGAGUUCGCUUUCAUCGACGCUGUUGCUCUUUCUCCCGAAAUUGUCCUUCUAAUCGAAAGCCAAGGCUCCGGAUUGUGGCACAGAAAUGGAAAUUGAACGACAUCGAUCCAAAUGCGGUACAAGAACGAUUCAGUCAGUGGGUGUCAAAAUCCCAAAAGUAUCUGAGCGAAGUAACCUCUCCGCUGAAGAAAAAGACUCAGAUUCUCAAGGUCGAUAUCGAGGAUCAACAAGAUUUCGAAGCCUUGGAGGAGCUUCUUACAGUCGAACAAACUGUUAAAAGCGAUACACCCAAAGGAUCUCUUUCUUUUGAUGCUAUUAUCUCCAUCGAACAGUUUAGCAGGAUGAAUGGAUUAACAGGGAAGAAGAUGCAGGAUAUAUUUGAAACGCUUGUUCCUCCAACCUCAUCCACCAAUGCUCGCUACCUUGUGGAGUAUUGCUGUUUCAGGUUUUUAUCGAGGGAUAGCUCGGAGUUUCAUCCGUGUCUCAAGGAACCUGCGUUCCAGAGGCUAAUUUUCAUCACGAUGCUUGCGUGGGCGAAUCCAUACUGCAAAGAAAGAAGUGCACGCAAUGAUAAACCUUCUUUUCAGGGACGGUUUGUAGGGGAAGAGGCAUUUGUUCGUAUCGCUCCAGCAGUUUCGGGCUUGGCUGAUAGGGCUACAGUAUAUAACCUUUUCGAGGCUCUAGCCGCUGCCAGUGGUGGUAAAAAAGGCAUUUCUUUGGAGAUUUGGCUAGCUUACAUCCAGGAACUUGUCAAAAUACACGAAAGACGGAAGUCAUACCAGACUACAGAAUUUCCACAGAUGUCAUCCGAGAGACUUCUAUGCAUGGCCGCUAACAGGAAAGGACCUGUUUUGAAGUGGGAGAAUAACGUUGCAUGGCCUGGAAAACUGACUUUAACUGAUAGAGCUCUGUAUUUUCAGCCAGUUGACAUAAAGCGCAGCAAAGGGAUCGUAAGACUUGAUCUCGCAGGGGACAAGUCAUCCGUAGAGAAAGCAAAAGUUGGUCCUCUGGGGUUUUCCCUCUUUGAUUCUGCAGUAGCUGUUUCAUCCGGCCCCGGGUUGGCCACUUGGGUUCUAGAGUUUGUUGACCUAGGAGGAGAACUUAGACGAGAUGUUUGGCAUGCGAUUAUUAGUGAAGUUAUAGCGUUGCACGCAUUUCUACGAGAAUUUGGGCCAGAAGAGAAUGAUAAAUCACUGUCGCAUGUGUUUGGUGCAAAGAAGGGUAAGGAAAAGGCGAUCGCAAGUGCAUCCAACUGUAUUGCAAGACUUCAAGCUCUUCAGUACAUGCGGAAUUUGCCAGAUGAUCCUAUCAAGCUAGUUCAGUUCUCUUUUCUUCGACAAGCAGCCUAUGGUGACAUCGUGUCUCAAACUUUAGCUGUAAAUUUCUGGGGUGGUCCAUUAGUGACCAAAGUUGAAAACAACCGAGGUAAAAUGGUCAGGACUUCCGGAGAAUCCUAUGAGAGUUUUGAUAACGCCUCUGAUCUAGAGGGAAGUGUCUAUUUGAAAAAGUGGAUGAGAUCUCCGUCCUGGGGUUCAACUGCAUCUGUUAACUUCUGGAAAAACUCUUCUCUAAGACAAGGCUUAGUUCUCAGCAAAAACCUUGCUGUGGCUGAUCUCACACUCGUAGAGAGAGCAGCAGAAACAUGCAGACAAAAAUAUAAGGUGGUGGAGAAAACUCAAGCCACUAUUGAUGCUGCUACCAUCAAAGGGAUACCCAGUAACAUUGAUCUCUUUAAGGAACUUAUUCUACCAUUGACUAUAGCUGCCACAAAGAUUGAGAAACUCCGGCGAUGGGAGGAGCCGUACAUGACGGUUUCUUUUCUAGCAUUUGCAUCAACGAUAAUUUUCAGGAACCUCUUGCAGUACGUUCUUCCCGUGUCUUUAGUGUUUUUGGCAACUGGGAUGCUUACGUUGAAGGGACUCAGACGACAAGGGCGUCUUGGAAGAUCAUUCGGAAUGGUUACCAUUCGAGAUCAGCCAUCUUCAAACACUAUCCAAAAAAUCAUUGCUCUCAAAGAGGCUAUGCAAGAUUUGGAGAGCUAUCUCCAGAACCUGAACGUUGUGCUUCUGAAAUUACGGACAAUCGUACUCUCUGGUCAUCCUCAGGUAACUACUGAAGUAGCGCUGAUUUUGCUCUCUAGUGCAAUGGUUCUAGUCAUUGUCCCUUUCAAGUACGUUCUGGCUUGUGUUCUCUUCGAUCAGUUCACUCGGGAGCUCGAGUUCCGGAAAGAAAUGGUGAGGAAGUUUAAAGCUCUCUUACGAGAACGUUGGGAAAUGGUACCAGCAGCUCCUGUUCUUGUUUUACCAUUUGUAAAUGAAGAGUCUACACCAGCAGCAACUCAAGGCAAACAAGCAGCUCAGAAAACAAACAACAGAGAGGUAACUGAUAAAAAUGGCAAAUCUGUAUCUGAUAAAAAUGGCAAAUCUGUAUAA